GAGGAUGCUCAAAGCCCCAUUGUGAGAUCCUUCCUGUCCUUCCAGGCUCCUCCUCCCUCCCCACCCCUUUAAUAGAUCCUUAAGUGGGCUCCCGCCACCUGCCAGGCUCACCCUGCACGCUCACCAUGGCUUUCAUUGCCAAGUCGUUCUACGACCUCAGUGCUAUCAGCCUGGAUGGGGAGAAGAUAGAUUUCAAUACAUUCCGAGGCAGGGCAGUGCUGAUUGAGAACGUAGCAUCGCUCUGAGGCACAACCACUCGGGACUUCACCCAGCUCAACGAGCUGCAAUGCCGCUUUCCCAGGCGCCUGGUGGUUCUUGGCUUCCCUUGCAAUCAAUUUGGACAUCAGGAGAACUGUCAGAAUGAGGAGAUCCUGAACAGUCUCAAGUAUGUCCGCCCUGGGGGUGGAUUCCAGCCCACCUUCACCCUUGCCCAGAAGUGUGAGGUGAAUGGUCAGAAUGAGCACCCUGUCUUCGCCUACCUGAAGGACAAGCUCCCCUACCCCUAUGAUGACCCAUUUUCUCUCAUGACGGAUCCCAAGUUCAUCAUUUGGAGCCCAGUGCGCCGCUCAGAUGUGGCCUGGAACUUUGAGAAGUUCCUUAUCGGGCCAGAGGGGGAGCCCUUCCGACGCUACAGCCGUACCUUCCCCACCGUCAACAUUGAGCCCGACAUCAAGCGCCUCCUCAAAGUUGCCAUAUAGACGCGGGCUGCUCAGCACACAGAUCUCCUACUCCAUCCAGCCCCUGAGUAUCUCUCCUUAGGAUUCAGAGUGUCCUCAGGAGACACUGCUGGACCCUCCUUCAUCGAAGAGCCUUGCCUUUCCUGUCAGCCUGUUUCUUUCCCAACCUUCUGGUUGGUGAUUCAACUUGGCCUCCAAGAUGUAGGUGGGCUCUGGGCCUUCACAGAAUGAUGGCACCGUCCUAAACCUGUUUGGGCGGGGUCUGAGGCAUGUGAAGAGCCCGGGCCAGCCUGCUAGCUGAGUCCAAUAAAGGGCAGGUGUGGAAAUGG